AUGGCUACCCCUAACCCCCUUGAAGACGCUCCUCCAGCUAUCUCUAUAUCAGAAAAAACCUUUCACAUCGCUGGUAUCCUGACAACCAUUUAUGGUCUCGAGGAAAUAUCUCCAUCAUGUACAUCCAUAUCAUGUCUCUGGCUUCUUCACCCACGACUCCAAACCAAGAAAAUCAUGGAAAACGUAGCUUCGACUUGUAUUCAAGAAUGGAAUCAACAAUCGGGUUCUAAUCGAACGGUUGGUUUGAUCGCGGUUGCUUUUGAUCAAAGAAAUCAUGGAAGCAGAGAAGUCAAUGCUUUAGCAAAUGAAUCGUGGAGAGACGGUAAUGAAACUCAUGCUCAAGAUAUGUUCAGUAUAUUUCAUGGAACGGCAAUGGAUACAAGUCUCCUGAUAGAUCAUUUACCUUCCUACAUCUUCAAUACCAGAGAUUCCCCUUCCAUCGACCAACAUCUUGUCUUGGGUAUCUCUCUCGGAGGGCACUCAGCAUGGCAAGUUCUGUUUGCUGAUCCUCGAGUCACUGCUGGUGUUGUGAUUAUUGGAUGUCCUGACUACAUGCGAAUAAUGACCGAUCGAGCGCGUCUCUCCAAACUCCUCACCUACACCUCCACCUCUCCCCCCGGCAUCUCCUUCCCAGGCAGCAAAGACUUUCCCCCCGCCCUGAUUUCCAGUCUCCAAAAAUGGGACCCCGCAUCUAUCCUCUUCGGAACAUCCCCCAUCCCCUCCACCUCCCCACCAUCUCCUCAAGCCCAAUCCCUCUACACACCCAUCCUCACCCAAAAACUCACCCACAAACGCAUUCUCGUCUGCUCCGGCGCCGACGACAAAUUAGUCCCCUAUCAUUGUUCUACCCCCUUUCUACAGUUUCUAAAGAAUGCCACCGAUGCGCAGACAGGAUGGUGGAAGGAAGGAGAUUUGUUCUUGGAUGAUAGAGUGUAUCCUGGGGUAGGCCAUGCGUUUAGUAAGGAUAUGCUAGGUGAUACGGCGAAAUUUGUGAAUGAGACGCUGGCUGGGAAGAUGAGGGAGGCUACGGGUAGUCAGGCGAAGAUUUAG